AUGAAAAGAAUCUCAGAAGGGCCAGUGGAGCUUUCGACACUUCAAUGUCUCUGCAUUUUGAGCUUGGUUGACUUCACGAACGGCAAUACACAUCGUUCGAGCAUCCACAGCAGCUUAGCAAUGAACCUUGCACAAUGUGCCAAUCUCGGACAAGAGCCGCAUUCGUCAACCAGCACAAUAGUUCGCGAAGAACGCAGACGGUGUUUCUGGAGUAUUUGUCUUCUCAAACGGCUACAUGGCGGCGACUUCCCAAUCUUAGACAUACCCCAGGCCGGAGGCCCUCUGUAUCCCCGAAGCCCGGUACGACCAGCACACUUUCUCUCCCCGGGGCCACCAACUGUCGAAAUACGGCGAAGUGACAUACAAGACGAAGGAAUAAUUGCAUAUGUGGUAAUGUUGAGCGAAGUAUUUGCAAGGACAGCACGAUACGUGCGCCUCCACGGACGCCCAAGCAAUGUCCCACCAUGGUCUCCUCAUUCCGAAUACUCGAAAAUUCUCGCUUUACAAAUGGAUCUCGAGACACGCAUGCCAUAUAUCCACCGGUUCAAGCCAGCCAACCUCGCUGAGCGGUCUCUCGAGGAAUUACAGACUCAUCGUGAAUACUGGGGCCCAUGGUUUCUGAAUCAAUUCAUGUACCAUACCAGCCUAUGUUUACUCAAUCAUCCGCUACUUCUCUCGCUCAGUCUUCGCAAUUUCCGGAGUACUAUUCCGGAGAUCUUUCUUCAGCACACCUCGGACUUGAUCUCCUCGCAUACAACCUGGAUCAUUCACUUCAUCGACUGCUUUGAAGAGAAGUCAUUUCUAGUAUCAGAUCCAUUACUAGGCUACAGUGCUGCCGUUGUCGCUACAAUCGAGCUACAGCUCAGUUUCACAGAAGACUUGACUAUCAGAGAACGUAAGCGUGAAAGAUUCGCCAAGUGUGUCAAGUUUGUACAAACCAUAGGGGAAAGAUGGCCGCACAUGGCCCGACUGGCGCAUAGACUACAGCGACUAGAAGACGCAGUCUCGGCAACCUAUCAAUCAGAUCCAGGCGCACAAAACCAAAGUCUCCUAAUUGACCUAUCGCGAUUUUGGGAAAUCCUCGAAUACUCAUCCAACAGCGACACAGACUCUGCUCGGCGUCUCUUUGGGGAGUCGCUUUAUGCAGGCCCAUCCCCUGCAGGCAUCGAAGUAUCUCAGACAUCACCUUUGCCUGCGCCGUUUCGCUUGAAUGUCCAGGGAGAAGAUACACCAAAUUCUCAGUCUCAAUCACUAGGUACCAAUACGGCCUUUCCUAGUCAGGACUACCCAGCAAACACUUUGCUCUCACCGCAGCAUUUGACGCUAUCUAAUGAUGAGUUCUCUAUUCUUGCUGCCAAUUUCUUUUCUCAGGGGCAAGAAUUCCUACGCAGUGGUGAUAACUGGGAAAGCGUUGGGAACUUCUAA